AAUGUCAGGAUUGAUCCCAACAGCAUCUCCUUCAAGAUGUGGAAAGACAUUCCUGUUCCUUUCUACUUGUCAGUGCACUUCUUUGAAGUGCUGAACCCCAAGCAGGUCCUCCAAGGAGCAAAGCCAAUGCUGAGCCAACGUGGACCCUAUGUGUACAGAGAGUACAGGUAUAAAACAAAUAUCACCUUCCAUGACAAUGACACAGUUUCCUUCCUGGAGUAUCGGAACCUUUUCUUCCAGCCAGACUUGUCCAAUGGCACCGAAGACGAUUACAUCGUUGUGCCGAACAUUUUGAUGAUGGGAGCAGCUGUGAUGAUGGAAAAACUGCCAAAUGUGAUCAAGAUAUUACUGAGUGGAGCCCUGGCUGGCCUGAAACAGGAGGCGUUCAUGAAUCGGACGGUGGGAGAGAUCAUGUGGGGUUAUGAAGACCCUCUUAUAGACACAAUAAAUAUGCUUGUUCCUGGCCUGAUCCCUUUCAAGGGGAAGUUUGGCUUAUUUGUAGAGCUUAACAAUUCCAAUUCAGGACUGUUCACAGUGAACACAGGCAUGAAGAACAUCAGUCAGGUUCACAUGGUGGAUUCAUGGAAUGGGCUAAAGAAGGUGAGCUACUGGCGGAGCAACGAGUGCAACAUGAUCAAUGGGACAUCAGGGGAGAUGUGGCCACCGUUCAUGUCUCCAACCUCACUGGAGUUCUACAGCCCUGAUGCCUGCAGAUCCAUGAAACUGGUGUAUGAGCGGUCGGGGAAGUUCAAGGGUGUGCCCACCUAUCGCUUCGUGGCACCAAAAACCCUCUUUGCCAAUGGCACAGACUAUCCACCCAACGAGGGCUUCUGCCCCUGCAUGCAGUCUGGCAUCCAGAACGUCAGCACCUGCAAGCUCAAUGCGCCGAUGUUCAUUUCCCACCCUCACUUCUACAACGCUGACCCGUCCCUGGUGAAUGCUGUCGAAGGUCUUCACCCCAGCAAGGAGCACCACGCGCUCUUCCUCGAUGUGCACCCUAUGACUGGCAUCCCCAUGAAUUGCUCCAUCAAGCUUCAGCUGAACCAGUACAUAAAGCAGGUGUCUGGUAUAAUUCAAACAGGGAAGAUCAAGCCAGUGGUCCUGCCGCUGCUGUGGUUUGCUGAGAGUGGAUCUAUCGAAGGCUCAGUCCUAAAGCAGUUUUACACCAACCUGGUGCUGCUCCCAUCGCUGCUGGACUACGUGCAAUAUAUCUUCCUUGGGCUGAGUGUCCCUCUCAUUAUCUCAGCAGCUGUACUCAUGGCAAUGAGUAAGAGAACCACCGACAAGAGCCUGAUCCCUCCCACCACGCAGAGCAAAGCAUCCCCCUCCUCCGAGACCACACCGCUCCUACGCGACGCUGACACGCUGGGCCAGGACGAUGCUGAGGCCUGA